AUAUGGUGCAGAUGCAUCACAUGAUCCGUGACAUGGCAAGAGGAAUUGUUCGUCUGGAAUCAAAGGAGCCUGGGGAACGUAGUAGAUUAUGGCAUCAUAAGGAUUCUUUUGCAGUAUUGGCAGAAAAGAAUGGAACGCAAACAAUUGAAGGUCUUGCUCAACGUGCAAAACCACCCAGAAUACUCUUCUUCAAGAAAUUCAAAUCAGGUAGUUUUUGAAACGGAUGCGUUUUCAAUGAUGCACAAAUUAAGACUUCUGCAGCUUACUUAUGUAGAACUCAAUGGAUCCUAUGAAGAAUUUCCGACAAGCUUAAGAUGGUUGUGUUGGCAUAAAUUUUUGAAGGGUUCUAUACCCUCUGAUUUUUCUUUGAAGAAUUUGGUUGUUCUGGAAAUGUGUUACAGCAGCAUGAGGCAAGUCUGGAAGGGAACUAAGUUUCUCCCAUCACUAAAGAUUCUAAAUCUUAGCCAUUCCAAUGACCUCACCGAAACCCCGGACUUUUCUCUGGUCCCCAAUCUAGAAUGGCUGAUUCUUAAAGAUUGUUCAAGCUUGGUUGAUGUCCAUGAAUCCAUUGGAAACUUAGAGGGACUUGUGCAUUUGAAUAUGGAAUAUUGCAAAAGUAUUAAGAAGCUUCCAGAGAAUAUUUCUAAGCUAACCUCCCUUGAAACACUUGUUAUAUCUGGUUGCUCAAGCCUCAGCGUUUUCCCCAUAGACACGAGGAAGAUGGAAUCUCUGAAAGUGUUUCAAGCUGACGGUGUUCCAAUACAUCAGUUACUCACUGCUACCGAGGAGGUCACAUUAUGGCCAAGACGAAAUGUAGAAAUUACUUGGGCUUCUUAUCUACCAUGCAAUUUAGUAGACUUGAGUCUUAGAAAGUGCAAUCUUGGUGAUGAUGAUUUUCCCAGAGAAUUUGGCAACUUAUCCACGUUGUGUAGCUUAGAUCUGGGGGGUAAUCCAAUUCAUAGCCUACCAGAUUGCAUUAGAGGUGUUACGGGGCUUCGUAGACUCUCUUUUGAGGAUUGUAAAAGGCUCAAAUCGCUUGUAAGGCUACCAACUGUAGGGCACUUGAUAAUCGCUGAUUGUGAAAAGUUGGAAACGGUAACAUUUCAAUCAUUAAGUGAGGUGUACUCUAGAAUGCGCUCCAUCGAAUGCCGUGGCAACCAUAAGCUAGUUGAGUUUGAGUCAGUGUACAAGAUGGAGCCUAUUGAAAGAGUUGAUAUAGAAAUGAUCACCAUUUUGGGUUUGAGCAACUUGAAAUAUUCAACAAAAUCCAUUAUGAAGUACAAGAUACCCGCACGGUUCCACAGAUGGAUAGAAAAGCGUCUUCCCAUCCAGGGACUGCAUGAAUUUGGAAUAUUCAGCACAUUUCUUCCUGGGAAUUAUGAGGUUCCUCAAUAUGACUCAUUUAGCCAUAAAAGUAGAGGGCCCUCAAUAUCUUUUACUGUGCCUGUACUUCCCUAUUGCAGGAUCCGAGGCUUGAACAUCUUCUCUGUCUAUGAAAAAUCCAAAAGCGAUGAAUCUCCUAACAUCAGAGUAAAAAAUAUGAAUGGUUUAUAUUAUACAAUAAUGAUAGAUGUUAGAAAUAAGAGUAAAGGUCUGCAGUGGAUCUACGGGCCAGCAUUAUUCGGAAUUCCAAGUGAUGAUCAAGAUGUGAUAUGGUUAAGCCAUUGGAAAUUCGGGAAUAAAUUGGAAGGUGGCGAUGAGCUGACUGUUUCAAUACUUACAUCAUCAUUUAUGAUAUAUGAUGAGUUUCAGGUAAAGGAGUUCGGUGUCCAGGUUGUGUACUACGAGCAAGAAGAGAAGGUGACAGUCACCGCCCAAGAAAAUUUCAACACAGAUAAUCCUUUUUAUCCACGUGUCAUCGCCGGAGAUUUGUCACAUUAUCUGCUGCCAGGAUCAUCAGGAACAUACCUUCUCUGCCAUAAUCCAGUAUUAGAAAGAAGGGAUGUGCUAAGUUAUGUUUGGUUCAAGCACAAUAGUAAUGAAAUAACAGGCCAUGGAUCUUUGGGACUUAAAUAUCAGCUGGUAGAGCAAGAAGAAGAUCGAGAAAGUGAAUGCACGCUUGUAGAACAUGAGGAGAGCAGCAGUAGCAAUUGCAAUAGUAUCGAUAGCAGUGGUGCAUGCAGAGGUUGGAAAGUGGUACCGAGUAUAAUGACCAUGGCCACUAUCUUCUUGAGAUGCUUUCAGUUGCACAAAUGUUUGUCGCUGGAAGAUGGUAACAAUGGCGCGUGAGGUGUUAGAGCCUCGAUAAUAUGUCAGUGAGAAAGGAAGGAGAAAGUGGAUGAUCUUGCUUUGCUGGUACCUUUUGAUGAGGAUAACAGGAACAGCCUUAACAAAAUCACAUCUAAGGGAUUAAGAUAGACUGUUACGCUCAGUAAAUAAGCUGUGACUUGCCCUUGUAAUAGCUAAUAUGGACUUGCUCUUCCUUCUCAUUGAUAACUAAGAAUUUGACAUGUCUGCAUAAACUUUGUUAGCUCUCAAUAAAGGCCGUUACAUGGUCU